AACAGCUCCAGUGUAAUUCAUUCAUCACCUUGCGUGUGUAUGUGUAAGCAAGGGAAAGGGAGCGGGGGUGGGCGGAUAGGAGGUGGGCUGUAGGGGGGGGGUCAGUCCCGGUUGGUGUGUGUCGGAUGGUAUUCCUGCUCGUCUAGCCGCGCCAGUUAAGUGGAAUCAGAGGCGAGCGGUGGCGCACGGCGGUGGUCUCUCUCUCUCUGGUGGGCUCCCGAUCUCACAGCAUCACUUCAGGAGUAGCAAAAAGGCCUCUGGCCCAAGGCCUGCUCACCAGUUGUGGCAGCCGUCGUGGGGAAAACAUGGAGAACGUCACAACUUGGACGACAAAGGCCAUCAACCUGACGUGCGGCAUGUCGGGAAAUCACGAUAUCAUCUUCACCCUGGUGCCCAUCGUCUACAGUGUCAAUUUUGUCAUCGGCAUGGUGGGCAACAGCAUGGUGGUGGCGGUCAUCUUCUGCUACAUGAAGCUCAAGACGGUGGCCAACAUCUUCGUGCUCAACCUGGCCGUGUCCGACCUGACUUUCCUCAUCACGCUGCCCAUGUGGGCCACCUUUACGGCCAUGGACUACCACUGGCCCUUCGGGGGAUUUCUGUGCAAGAGCAGCGCCGGACUGGCCAUGUUGAACCUGUACACCAGCACCUUCUUCCUCAGCGCGCUCAGCAUCGACCGCUACCUGGCCAUCGCGCACCCGGUGCGCUCGCGACGCUUGCGCACGGCGGCGUACGCCCGCGUCACCUGCGUGGUGGUGUGGCUGGUGGCUUUGGUGCUCAGCGUGCCCACCGCCUUGACGCGGGACGUCAUGAACGUGGCCGACUCCAACAAUACCUUGUGCGGCGUCCUGCACCCGUCCAAUCCCGGCGAGCGCGAGAGGCUGAAGGGCGUGCGCCUGGCCAUCAGCCUCAUGAAGAGCCUGUUGGGCUUUCUGCUCCCCUUUGUCAUCAUCGUCACGUGUUACUGCCUGAUCGGACGGGCGCUGGUGGGCGGCAGGAACAUCCAGAAGAGCGCCAGAUCCCGGGACGACGAGGUCCUGCGCAUGCUGGCCGCCGCCGUCCUGGCCUUCUUCCUGUGCUGGAUGCCGCACCAGGUCUUCCACUUCCUGCAGGUUCUGACCCAACUCACGCUGGUGGAGAACUGCACCGUGGUGGAAAUCAUUGACACCGCCAUGCCCUUCACCAUCUGCCUGGCUUACCUGAACAGUUGCGUCAACCCCAUCGUCUACGGCUUCGUCGGACGCAACUUUCGCAAGAACUGCAAGCGGCUGCUUCGCUGCUCGCCCGGCGGAGCCCCCGGGACGCACCCGAGCAUCAGCUCCAAGAUGAGCGCGCUGUCUUUUCGGGCCUCCGAAGCCCUGAGCCUGACGGCCCUAAAGAGCAAGGCUUCGUCGGAGGGGAAGUAAACCAGGGGGGAAACCCAAGAAGAAGACGUUCCGUGGUUGGAAAACCUCCAACGCUCCAAGCACUGAAGCACGCCAAGACUUGAGGUCCUGUAGCGUGCUAGUCUGACAGUCUCAAGUUUUAUUUUGAAGAAAUCGACGUUCGCCCUUGUGGGAUGCACCCAUACAGACAAUGAACCCAAAUGUGAACAUUUUCCGAAGCGCUUAAUCCUUUGCCUCCCUUGUAAUUAAAGUUAGCAAAGGCCCGAUUACUCCAAAAUAUUCUGUGGUGGUAGGUGGUAUAAGAGUGGUCUUUCUUCGCCCUGCUCCGCACAGCAAACAAACGCGGCCAACAAUUUACGACCUGAAACCCUUGUAGCCUUGCGCUCUGUAGGCGCAUGCUAUUCAGCGGCUUACAAAACAUACUCUCAAGACAAGCUGCCCGAAUUUCAGCUUUUUCAGCAGCGGCACGGAAAAAAGUCAUGUGAAAAACAUGGCCUAAAUGUACUGUACGGCAUUUUAAAAAAAUAUAUAUAUAGAAAUAUCGAAAUAUAUCUGGAGGAUGCUAUCUGGAUGUUGUGCUGUCCAACGUGUGCUCGUCAUGUUAACGUCAAACAACGUCAUUCGUUCUCGGUGGUAACAAGACGUACCAAAAAAAUGUUGAAGUGGGCGCUUGUCUUUGUGCUAUUUAAAUAUGUUGAUAGAUUGUUUUCUACUGUUUGCGUGUACAGUUGUGAAUAUGUGACAGCAUGAAUAAAAAUCGAUAAGGAACAUUAAA